AUGGCCGCCACUGAACCUCCCCCCCUCCGGAGCCGACAAGCCCCAAUACACACAAACUACUGCCGCGGGUCCCUCAUUCCCACGAAAGACUUGGAGUCGAUGUCAAGUCUGGACCCACCGCUCCACGUAUUCGGGACGCUCCCGUCUCUCCCCCCAGUGCUCCAAUCGCCGACCAGUCCGUACAGUCAGAGCUCUCGCCCGCGAGACCACGACCGACAGCCGCUCUCGCCAGCAUCGACUGUAUCCAGCCGGCACGCGCCCCAGCUAGCAAGUCCCAUCGGCAGCGGCUCGCUGGGAGACUUCGACCUUGGUUUCUCUCCGAAUAGCAACUUGACAACCCCCGCACCCGAAGACAUCAGUGGGAUCACAGCAAAUGAUACGACGUUGCAGGACGACAAUCGCAACAGCCGUGAAUCUGAUGGCACUACAAGCACAAGGCGACAACAUGUCUCCAAGGAGUCCUCGGCAUCGACCAGUGCAAGCUCCAUUUCUGGCAUGAACGAGAAUUCCGAGUGUCGCGACAAUGGAUCGGCAGAGAGCUCUCUCAUUGAGGGCCACAUGCCCCGAAAUCAGUCCGUGCCGCUGUUCCAAUACCACCAUCAAGGCCAGUAUCCCCCUGAGCGGGUGGCGAGCGCACCCAACAUGCCAGAUGUCAGGUCAGCCUCCAACCCUGAUCUGGCUGCGGAUGCUGGCAUCAACCGACACCUUACCCCUAGCUCGAGCGGCUUUCUUCAGCGCGGCCCGCUUCAGCGGCCCCCGUCUGUCUACUCAACCUACUCCGACUUUGGUGCCCGCAGCCGUUCGCCUGGCUUGAUGCCUGGUAACCGAGUGUCGUCUGCUCAGUCUAGGCGUUCCCCCGAUGUCAGGCCAUCGUCCUACGCCGAGCUCCUGAACGUGCCCUACCCUCAACAGGCCCCGGCUCCCAUCAGCUUUGACAACAACAGGCUACGGAAUGCUGUCGGUAACAACGCUUCACUUCUCAGCGCCCAGAAGACCUUGGAGAUGUAUCGUCAAAAUGUUAAGAAGACUACCGAUCUCUCCAUCCAGUACUCCUUUGCUGUUUUCCUCAUCUCCACGGCCCAGGAGCAAGGGCUUGAUUGGGAAGAGCCUGCACGGAAGAAGGGAGACGAUCAGAUCAAGGGAUCUCCGCAGGAGCUGGUGAAAGAGGCCAAGCAGAUCCUCCAAAAGCUGUCGAGCGCCGGAUAUCCGUUUGCGCAAUACUACCUUGCCGAUGGCUAUGCGUCUGGUCUCUUCAGCAAGGGCAAGGAAGAUUACAGUCAGGCAUUUCCUCUGUUUGUGAUUGCUGCCAAGCAUGGCCACGCCGAGUCUGGAUAUCGAAGUGCUCUGUGCUACGAAUUCGGCUGGGGGUGUCGCAAGGACCCUGCGAAAGCUGUCCAGUUCCUUCGUAUCGCCGCGUCAAAGAGACACCCCGGUGCUAUGACGAGGUUAGGCAAGGCAUGCCUCGUGGGUGACCUUGGAGAGAAGCGCUACCGCGAAGGCAUCAAGUGGAUGAAACUGGCGGCGGAAGCCGCGGACUCCAUCUACAAUUCGGCACCAUAUCAGUUGGCGUGCUUGUACGAGACGGGCUACGGGGACGAUGUCUUCAAGGAUGAGAACUAUGCCGCCGAGCUGUUCACGCAAGCUGCUGAACUUGGACAUCCCGAAGCUAACUUCCGUAUGGGGGAAGCAUAUGAACAUGGCAAGCUCGGAUGUCCGAGGGACCCUGCCCUCAGUGUGCACUUUUACACUGGCGCGGCUGAGAAGGGCCACGCGGCCGCCAUGAUGGGACUGUGCUUCGUCAAGGCGCAGUAUGCCGUCGGGUACUUCACAGAGAUGGGCAUCGGAUGCCGGCGCGACAUCUUGGAGGCCAAUGUGUGGUACGUCAAGGCAGCUGACUCUGGAGACGACCGCGCAAGGCAGAGGAUUGCCAUUAUUCAGGCUGCCGUCAGCGGCGGAACACCUAUGGAGGUUGCGCCGCCACGCAACGGCAAGGCUAAGAAGGGCGACGAUAAGGACUGCAUUCUCAUGUAA